AUGGAUAUCAUUACCAGUCGGGAAUGGGGGCUCUUGUUGAUGGACGAAGUACACGUUGUACCCGCCAAAAUGUUUCGUCGCGUUGUGGGAUCCGUCAAGGCACAUUGUCGAUUGGGAUUGACGGCCACCCUUGUGCGAGAAGAUGACUUGAUUAGCGAUCUCAACUUUCUAAUUGGUCCCAAACUCUACGAAGCCAAUUGGAUGGAUCUUACCACGCAGGGUUACCUCGCCAACGUACAGUGCGUCGAAAUUUGGUGUCCCAUGACGGGACCGUUCAUGAAGGAAUACCUCAUGGCAUCGAAUGCAAGACUCAAGCAGUUGUUGUACGUUAUGAACCCCAGCAAGAUUCGCGCCGUCCAAUUCUUGGUCAAGUUUCACGAAGAACGUGGAGACAAGAUCAUUGUGUUUUCAGAUCUUGUGUACUCCCUCAAGCUCUACGCAGAAAUGCUUAAGAAACCACUCAUCUAUGGUGAAACCCCGGAACGAGAACGUGCCGCCAUUUUGGGAACCUUUCGAGCCACCGACGCCAUUCGAACAAUCUGCAUUUCCAAAGUCGGAGACACAUCGAUUGAUUUGCCCGAAGCCAACGUAGUGGUGCAGGUGUCCAGCCAUUUCGGAUCACGACGACAAGAAGCCCAGCGAUUGGGCCGUAUUCUGCGACCAAAGUCGUACACGCAACAAGAUGGGUCCAAUCGAAAUACCUUCAACGCCUUCUUCUAUACACUCGUGAGCAGUGAUACGCAGGAAAUGUUCUAUUCUGCCAAACGACAACAAUUCUUGAUCGAUCAGGGAUAUACCUUCAAGGUGGUGACCAACCUCUGCGAAAAGGCUGAUGCCCAGGCGCUUGAAAGCGGUUUCAAUUUUUCCACACCAGAGCAUGAUCGCAAGCUUCUUCGGACGGUACUGACGGCCGAGACAUCUCUCGAAAAGGAACAACGCGACGAAGACAAUGCCAUUCGCAAGAAUAACCCCGAUGGUGCGGCGUUGUCUGACGCCAAGGUCAAGAGGAUUGCAGGGUCCAUGGCAACACUAAGCGGUGGUAGUGGCAUGCGCUAUCGAGAGAUCUCAUCGGGAUCUAAGAAGCAUCCGUUGUUCCGGAAAAGACAGCGUCGUUAG